GGAAAGCCUUAGAAAUUUACACUGCUGCCAACCAAACUAUACAAAAUAUUGAUGAGAAUGAAGACCUAGAGAUGUUUCGGAGUUCGCUUUAUCAGACAGAACAUCAGUCUCGUUUGGAUAUUGUCCGUGCAAACUCAGAGUCUCCCCUCCAGAGGACUGCUUCAUCCAAAUCUUGUCCUGGAAUAGUUCAGCAGAUUUCCAGAAAUCCUUUGAAAAAAGAGGAGGAAGAUGAAGAGUAUGACAAUGAGGAUGAAUAUGAAGAUUACCAUUAAAACCACCAAGGAAGAGAGCACCUUUGAGACUAGAAAGUGUUUUCCC